AUUUUCAAAGCCGAAGAAUUCACGAAAUCGGGCGCAUUUCAAACAGCAUCAUUGUUCGAACAACAGCCGCUGGCACAAGCGCAAAAUGCCGUAUGGCCACAACAGGUGCAGCCACAAGUGCCACCACAGGCAAUCAACCCAAGCAUGGUGUGCCACAAUUGCGCGAUGCCAACUCCAACAGCCAUAUCAUUUCAACAAACAAUCGCUGAUUUCUAUUCAAAAUGGAACUAUCCGAACGUGUGUGGCGCGAUCGAUGGGAAACACGUGCGCAUAAGAUGUCCGUCAAAUGCCGGGUCUGCUUUUUUUAACUACAAGGAUUUCCACUCAAUUGUUUUGUUGGCAAUUGUCGAUGCUCACUAUAAAUUCAUUGCUCUUGAUGUCGGUUCGUACGGAAGAGAAGGCGAUGCAGGUAUAUGCAUUUUUCUGAAGAGUGAUAUGGGAAAGUUAAUAAACAGUGGUAAUUUCAAUAUUCCACCACCUGCUGCUCUGCCAUCAACGAAUAUCGUAUUGCCAAACGUUAUUCUUGGAGACGAAGCAUUUGCCUUGACCAAUUCGAUGAUGAAGCCGUAUCCAAGAGUCCAAUCGCUUCAUGAUGGAAGAAAGGCGAUCUACAACUAUCGACACAGUCGGGCAAGAAGAACAACGGAAAAUUGCUUUGGUAUAAUGUCGGCGUAUUUCCGAAUUUUCUUCACGCCGAUUCAUACCACCCCGGAGAAGAUUGACAAAAUUAUUCUCGCUUCAUGUGUUCUACACAAUAUGAUGCGUGAUGAAAAAAUUCCAAGUCCAGCGGAACCCGCAUUUGGCAACACCGACAAUAUCCCAUUUCCAGCGGCAAAUCUUAUCGGAUUGGCAAACGCAAUUGGAAGACCAACAAGUGAAGGAACGUCCAUUCGAGAACAAUUCAAAGAAUAUUUCAAUGGAGUUGGCGCAGUGCAAUGGCAACAGAAUAUGAUUCGUUAG